AUGUCACUCGAAUGCCCGACAGAAGCUCCGUAUUAUUUCAAAUUUGUUUUACAUACUCUUGGGCUUAUCUCAAUUCCAAUUAACAGUUUGGGAUGUUAUCUCGUCAUUUUUCAUUCAGCAAAACACACAAACUACAAAUAUUGUUUACUGUACUUGCAAAUUGUCACAUUUAUUGUGGAAAUUUAUAUGUCCUGGAUUGCUCCGGGUUAUUAUUUCUUUCCAAUGAUCGGAGGAUAUAUCACAAAUAGUUUUGUGGCUCAAUUUGUAUCUGGCCAUUUCAGUGUCGUUUUCUAUUUCUUCUUCUUUGCUUUCGAAAUGCCAGCAUUAGUUGUAUGUUUUCAAACAAGACAUGAUUAUGUAGCAGAACUUAAGAGAGAAAUGAAACUAUCGAAAUAUUUAACACAAUUUAUGGUUCAUAGUUGUCAUUUAUUCCCAUUUGCCGUCUCAACUCUUCUAUUUUUCUCCGAAUUACCAUAUGAAAAACAAUAUGAAAUAAUCGCACGAGAAUAUCCAAAAUGUUUACAUGUUCUAAAAAUCCAAGGCUUUGCUCUCUAUGAUUAUAAAGAAAAUGUAUAUUUUCUAUCAGUUGGAAUUUUAGUUUUCCUCGCUUUGUUGAUUUAUGGAGGAUAUAUGAUUUUUCUAUCAAUAUAUACAAAUAAGAAAAAGAAGAAAAAUAAAUGA